GUUGCGGCCAACGAAAUCUCACACCGACAUGAAGGACUACAAUUGGCUAUGCGGUGGCGUUAUCAUUGAUGAAUAUUAUGUACUCACUUCUGCAGCGUGCAUUGAAGACGUCAAAUACUUUUACGUGAUCUCCGGCACCCACAAGUGGCUACCACAGUCACAGACAAAUAAGUGUAUCGAAAACGGCGCCUUACGAGCCGUUUGGAAAUGUGUUCAUAGAACAUAUCGUUUCGAUGGAAACGUGUUUAACAACAUACGUUGGAUGGUGAACGACAUAGCAGUUGUCAUGACCGAGGGCCCAUUUUCCUUCAACAGACGAAUAAAAGGCUGCGAUUUCAUUCCACAGAAGAUUAAAUACAAUAACAUAUCUAAAGACUAUGAGGAAGCCGGAACCGAGGCAUUUGUCGCUGGAUGGGGUUCUAGUGAUAAAUUUACUGACGCUGCAGACAUAAUAGCCCGAACCAGCGUUAACUCUCCCCUGCUGAUGGAAGCGGAUACCAUCUUAAUCACAAAAGAAAGCUGCAAACAGCGCUGGAUGCCGCGCUACCACUCAAUCAUCGACAGCUACAUGAUCUGCGGAAAAGUGGCCCGCGAGAGCACUAUGAGCGAAACUUGUGUUAAUAAUCGAUUGGAGUGCAGACAGCUGGUGUUCUCAGAGGAGGAAGGACCUCGACUAAGGAGGUUCGAGGGGAAUCCCGACAAGCUCCUUCUACACUCCGCAGCGGAAGUCAAGAAGAGGGAGAAAACUAAAAAAAGGACGAGACGAGUUGCCCCUUGGACAUAUGGAGGGUUUUGCGAGAAUGACCACGGUGGCCCGUUAAUCGUCGGGCACGGAUCAUCUGCCAUAGUAAUUGGCAUUAUUUCUUCAUUCAGGGUUAAUAAUGGCACAAAACACUGCUACGGACCGUUCCUUUAUACCAGUGUUUACAAUAACAGACACCUCAUUCAUUGUGCCAUCCACAAAACAGAAGGAGACGACUGUUCGAAUGUGUUACGAGAUCGAUCUAGCCUGUUAGAAGAGGAAACGUUUGAUUGGGGAAAUGUUACACUCAGGGCUAGAACGUUAUACGAAGAUGAAGACCCACCAGUACUUCGCAGUAGCAACGAUACCAAUGUCCCGUCAGCCGAGGGCAUGAAACUCGGAAAUACAGAAACUUCGCAGAGUGACAAAAUAACAUAA